GCCCUCUCCCCCCCCCACUACUGCCGCUGCCACUACCACCGCCUCAACCACUUGCUUGCGGUUUCAUCAUUUUCAAACCUUUUAUCUCCCUUCACACUUUCAAAGGAGCUUUGCUAUUUCGUCCUCAACUAUAUCGGACACUCUCGAACUUGCUCAUCUUUCACCUGCCUUCUUCAAACCCUGCGCUCCCGACGGCAAGCCUGCCUCCUUUAGCCUCGCAUUGUACAUCAUGUCUCGAGUACAGCAAGAUACAUUCAUCGACGAUACAGAGGAGUUCUGGUAAAUUGCCUUUUCCCCAGCCUCUCCUUCAUUCUUGCUUUUGCUGCUGUUUCCCCCUUGCUAACGAAUUUUUUUUCACCUUCCGUCAAUGUUAGUCCUCUGUGUGUUGAGGAGUUCGAUAUUCAAGAUAGGAAUUUCAGGCCUUGCCCUUGUGGCUAUCAGGUGGGUUAUAUCCUCAAUCGGCCGCCUACUGAGAGCUGCUGACAUCGGCGUUUAGAUCUGCCAGUUCUGUUAUAACAACAUCAAGAAUAAUUUGAAAAAUUUGUGUCCCGCUUGUAGACGCCCGUACGAUGAGAAAACCAUAGAAUGGAAAGGGAUCUCCGCCGAAGAGUGAGUUAUCCAACAUCUCCCCCCUACUACUUCAUUCCCCUGAUGGUGCCUUACCUCACGGACCCUUUAUCAAGGAAUUCUGGUUAUUAUGGAAGGGCUGACUUUUGAUGUCUUUUCCUUGUUUUAUUGAUAUAGGAUGAGAGCCGACCAGAACAAGAAGAAUCGUCAGCAGAAUGAGAAACGUAAGCUCGAGGCUCAGAAACGUGAGAUCGAUGCUCUUAACCGCAAACACCUUUCCGGUCUUCGUGUUAUUCAGAAAAAUUUGGUCUACGUGACUGGUCUCAACCCCCGCAUACCUGAGGAGGAUCUACUUCAGACUCUUAGAGGAAAGAGCUAUUUCGGGCAAUAUGGGAAAAUUAUCAAGAUUGUGGUCAACAAAAGGACCACUGCACAGGAUAGAUCCGGCAAUGGGUACCAAGGCAGUGGGGGAGCUCAGGGCCUCGGGGUGUACGUUACUUUUGCGAAAAAGGAGGACGCGGAAGUCUGCAUUGAAGCUGUCGACGGUAGUCAGAAUGGCGAUAGAACCUUGAGGUAUUCUGAUUGGCGUUGGUUUCACUUGUUUCCGUGUGGAUGCUAAUUUGAAAACAGGGCUACCUAUGGGACAACGAAAUAUUGCUCUGCCUAUCUUCGUAAUGAGGCUUGCCCGAACAAAAACUGUAUGUUUCUUCAUGAACCCGGAGAGGAGGCGGAUUCCUACGAUCGACAGCAAAUGUCUACCUUUACUGUUCGCCAGCAGGAGGGGGCCCCAUCUCAGGCGCCCCCACCUCAUCACCAGCCUCCUAUCACUGCCGUACCCCCCUCUCAUCCAGCCCAUCCACCGCCUACCCAGCAGCAGCAGAGUGCACAGAUGGCCCGGGUUAAUUCACAUCAGGGUGGAUCGUCAAGUGUGGGUGAUAAUGGAGAGUCUUCUGCAUUACCAUCUACAGCAAACUGGGCGAAGAACCCCCCCACACCCGCUGUCAGGUCUGUGGCUCCUGUAAUACAACCGCAAGGCUCUGCUAUAUUAUCCAAAGGGUCAACUCCAAGCCCACGCAGUGUACCCGCUGCCCCAAUGGUACAGACACAGAGCCAAGAAAGUGGCAAGAGUGGAUCAAGUCUCGGAAAGCCGCCGGCAUCGACUGGAUCAGGAGCCAGUUCGGGUCCUGGUCCUGUUGGCAAGCCACCCGGCGGACUGGUGACCAACAAUCAAGCUUCCACUCAAGCGUCAGAGGCCUCCUCGUCAUCUGCCCAGGAUUCUGCAGUUAAGGCUCUUCGUUCUCCCACCAAACCGAGCCAACCGGAGCUUCCAAUUCCGGUUCAGGAACAUUUGCAGCGUCUCGAAAACUGCCUACGAGCUGUUUCCAAUCCAAAAUUCCGCUUUGUGUUUUCAACGGAGGGUAUGACUGAGGGAGACAUUGCCGAUCUGGAGAAGAUGCCUCCCAUGUUUGAUCGUCAUGGAGGGAGGCGUCGGAGGGAGAAUGCUGAGCGUCUGAGAGCUCAACAACAACAGCAACAGCAGCAGCAGCAGCAGCACGAGGAGGCAGAGAGUGAUAUACCACAGCCACAGCCCCCCGUUGAUACAAUGGCAGCUGCUCCUGGGCUGGUGUCACUAAAUAUGGCGGGGAGAGGAAACACUCCUUCCCAGCGAGAUCUGCUGAAGGAAGUUGCGGCAAGUCAUCCCCAGCAACAGCCUCUUGGAGCUUUCCAGCAACAGGAAAACCUUCAUCAACAGGCUAUGAGGGUGCUCACUCCUGGCGGUAUCUUGCAUCCGCAGCAGCAGCAACAGCAGCAGCAACAGAUUCAACAGUCGUUCAGUCCCUUUGGCGCUAUGGGAAAUCCCCAACAACAGCAGCAGCAGACGCAUGGCGGGUCGUUGCAUGCCAGACAAACUUCCAGGUACAAUUUUGCCAAUGACAAUCCGGCCGCGGCAUCUACCUCUGUCAAUCCUCGUGGAAACAUUGCUCAUAUGACCGAACAACUUCGUAUGAUGCCACAGCAGGCUCAGCAGCAGCAGCAGCAGCAGCAACAACAACUGCACAACCAACAGCAGCUUGCCGCCCACUUUUACGGGGCUGGUGGCGCACCGGGUCUUAGUGGUGGUGGUAUGCUUGGAGGUACUGUACAGCAGCCACCUCCAGGGCUGAAGAGUGCACCCACCCCACCGGCUCCAGGCAUGAGUGGUAUUCCUAUGGGUGGCCUUCAUACUGUCAGUGGCCAAUUUUCGGGACUAGGACUUGGUCACCAUAAUAAAUCUGAGAGCUCAGAUGCGCUUCUUAGAGAAUUGAUGAGGGGCAAUGGAGCUGGUGCGUUAGGGAAUGCUAGCCUGGGUGGAAGAGCCGGGGAUGGCAAACGUAUGAAUGUUGAUUCGUAUUGGGGAGGGGGGAGUGCUAAGCCAAAUCCAGUGGGAGACUUGGCGGAUCCUAGCAUCCUGCAAGUUCGGAUGGCCCAACAGCAGCAGCAACAGCAGCAGCAACAGCCUCAGCAACAAAUGCAGCAUCACCAAGGUGGGAUCCAGGCUAGCCAGCAAGGUGCGUAUAAUCCGAACAUGUACUAUGGUAGAUGGUAGGUUGGCAAGCGGGCUGAGGCGACGAAUUUCCAUUUCAUACAAGUGUCUGCAUUAUCUUCGCACAUGGCAGCGGGCAAGCAGUAGGGCAACGGUACAAAUUUCUAUUUUUUGUCAAGGCGUUUAAUGUUGGGAAAUGGGGGGCCUUAUUUGGUAUUUCUUACUUCAUCCUGUUCUGGUUCCCGCUGUCUGAUUUGAAUUUCAUUUUUUUGUCACGUCUCAUCUGGUUGCUCUAAUUUUAUGGGAUAUGUUAUUUUUGUGGCACAAAUCUUCGAGGAUGAAGAGCUAAAGGAGUGCAAAGUGGGGAAAGUGUCCAUUCAGUUUUAAAAAAAAUCCACACUAUCCCUGGCGCGAACGAGUUUGUGCCUCUCGAGUGUCUUGUCAUCAGCGCUGUUUAUAACUUGCUUUACUUGUCCUGCACUCAAAAUGGCGCACUUGUGACGUUUUUUAUCCCUUUUUUUUUCUUUUUUUCUUUGCAGCAGUAUCUAGACUCACCCCCGGCGAUUUGUAUGUGCUUGCGAGUUAAUGUCAAAAGAGUAGUCUGCUGCCCUGCCUCGUGUGCGAAUGAUUAAUGAAAAGACAAGACGACUUGGGCAUGGAAAAUCUGACCCGGUUCCGGAAUGCCUACCGCCAUCUACCAACACCCCUUAUUCCCUUCUAUUUGAUGAACUGAAGCUAAAUGGUUCUGCUUGAUGUUUAUCGUAGGUUCUGGAAUAACUUCCCAAGAACGCAAGCUUACACCCGGGAUGGUGGAUGAAGACGAAUUCCCGGCCCUGGCCCCAUCGACCAAGGAGAAUGUAGCAGCAUUGCCACCGAUAGCAAGCACGCUGAAAGCAAAGAAGCCACCGCUAGGGCCAAUUGGGAGGAAAAAGGAUGAAACCCUUGAGGCUACAAAGCCUGAGCCUACUCGCCCUGCGAAAGCUAAGGGAAAGCCAGUCUUGCCUUCAGUUAAUACUACUGCCGCUGCCGCAAGCUCCUCUGGACCCCACGCCAUUUCUCCUGCCACUGUGACGCCUAAUGCUAUCUCUUAUGAGGGGACGGCCCCGAUAUCUCCUGCGCCCCCGACCGCUGCAAGUAUUGCCAAGCAGGGUCCAAGGAUGAUUAGAAUCCUGUCUUCAAGCUCUGGUAUCCAGUCCCCAGCCAUCAAGACGCCUAUUGGAGGGGGGGUUGGGAUUGGCGAAAGUGAUACCGCUUCCAAUGGUGGAAGCAGUAGGCCUGUCAGUCCCCCGCCUAGUUCUCAGCAGUCUUCUAAAAAGGGCAAGACAAAGAGCGCGCUGAAGAAAGAGAGGGUUGCAGUGGCUAGGAAGGAAGCUGAGGAGAGAGAGAGGGAACGCGAGAGACUUGAGAGAGGAUCUGUGACACAGGCUCCCGUGGUGGGCAGGAUGAAGAAGAAGGGACGCAAGAAGGAUACUGUGAUUGACGGAGGAGAUUCUGUCGCAGGUGGAAGCUGCGCUGAUGGAGAGAAGGAUGAAGAGAAGGAUGAAGAGAAGGAGGAAGAGAAGGAGGAAGAGAAGGAGGAAGAAAAGGAGGAAGAAAAGGAGGAAGAGAAGGAGGAAGAGAAGGAGAAGGAGAAGGAGGAGGAGGCUUCCAGCGCUCCUGCUCCUCAGGCAGUUGUUGCUCCUGUUACUGUAUCUCUUCCUUCCCCUGUCAAAGAACCUACUGCUACCACUAGUGUCCCAUCUCCUACUAAAACCAAUACGCCGACUCCCGUGCCGACUCCCACCCCUUCCCCCGCAGCGACCCCAGCACCCACCACUACUCCCUCUGCAUCUGGCGCGCCUGCUGGCUCAGCAAUCGAGCAAGAUGGAAAGCAGCAAUCCACAAAAACUACAGCUCAGCUCCUGGCCCAAUUCCAAGAGGCGGCGCAAAUGAAAUUCUCCAAACUCGACAUGUUUAAACCCCUCACAACCCUGAAAUGGGAGCACUACAUAACCUCCGAAGAAAUGCAACUAAUCAAGGCCGCCGUAGCAGAAAACAACAACAGCCAGCCAAUCCUGAUGGUCGAGCCCGGCUGCCAUCCAUACCAGUACCCGAUCCGCGGUGGGGGUGUCGUGAACAUUAGUCUCGUCGCCACCCCAACCGGCCUCCAGAUGACGGGCCUCAGCUCCGAGCAGCAGGAGCGCUACCUCCGUCUGGAGGAGCGCCACGGGCGGAGCAAGGCGUGGAAAAAGUGGGCAGUUGAAGCGCUGGAUUUUGACGAGUGCGAUCGGGAGGUUCGCGGCGCUUCUGUCGAUGAGUUGGAGAAGAUUGUGUAUGCCUCAAGGAAGGAGGUGGAAGGGAUCGAGAAGAAGCUGGAGAAGUUGCUCAAAAGGAAUAAGAAGCUUAUUGGGCUU